CCGGUAUUUGCCGGAGUAAAUACACCCUAUGGUAAUGGGAGCACCGGUAGGCCGUAUGGGAGUAACAGUAAUCCAUAUGGAUUAGUAGAGAAGUGCAAUGAGGGCUGCGGCUGUCGGCCCGCGCUGUACGACCCGGUGUGCGACGGGACGGGUGUUCAGUAUUAUAGCCCGUGUUAUGCCGGUUGUCAUCGACGAGCAAAUACCAGUGCAUAUAAUAGGCACUCGUAUGUCCGGUGCGAUUGUGUUACUACAGGGGCUGAGAGUAAUGUGAGUGUUGGACAAAAGACUGAUGGUUUGGUGGCCGCCGCCCGACACCUGUGCCCACACACCUGUCCCCUAUUGCCGCUGUUUCUAGUGGUGAUGUUUGGUCUCAUAUUUGUUACAUUUAUAAGUGCAAUGCCAGCACUGACCGCUACGCUCAGAUGUGUUGAGAAAAGUCAGAAAUCUGUGGCAUUAGGUGUCCAGUGGUUUAUCGUACGACUGAUCGGCUCAAUACCGGCGCCCCUCCUAUUCGGGAGGCUUAUAGAUCACAGUUGUAUACUAUGGCAGCCCCAGAGCCCCACCACUACCACCGGCACUCCCGGGGCGGACACAACGGGCGCGUGUCUGGUGUACGACAACCGGCAAAUGGCAUAUAAUGUGCUAAUACUGACCAUAUUAUGCAAAUGCGUGACCUUAGCGGCAGUCGUGGCGGGAAAACAACUGUACAAACCGGCGGUCAAUUCAGUCCAUCCCUCACACAAAUGA